AUGAGACAUGUGACACCUGGAAACAUUGGCUUUGUCUGUGAAGCUUGCACAUUUACCCAGACACGAGCGUUCAGACAGCCUAUCAGCGUGCGACUGUCCGCCCGACGAACCGGCGUCCCGAGGCAGCUGGUGUGCGCAGCAUCGGCGCCGAGAUGGUCGUCGACAGUGGCAAGCAAUGCCAGAUAUGAACAAGCACAAGCCUCACACGCGAGACGGGCCAGGUCUCUCAACGCCCCGGCGCAAAUCACCGACCCCGCGGCCCUCGCCCGAGUAGCCGAGGACAGCAAAAACAGGUUCUUGUCAGUCGACGGUAUCCCAGCCGUCCAGUUGACCAAUGCGGCUCUCAAGUCGUGUCUUCGCGCUGCGUCUGCCCUCCACCCUCAGUUAAAGCGGGUAGAGGCACAGUCUAAAGCCUCGGCAUCAAAACUCGUUGCUCUCGGUGCCGAGCGAACCGGCACCAGGAUACCAAUCGAAGCCAAGAUCCAAGAAGCUGUUAAUAGAAUAUCUUACGCGGCAUAUGCCAUCAUCACACACCCCAACGUCGAGAUGACGCCUGAAUUUCUCGAGACCUUUGUUCAGAUCCAGUCGCAACUGGGCCGCCCCGAGUCUCUCCCAUCCGUGCUGGAACUUUAUGCUUCCAAGCCGAAACCCGUGGUGAAAGACGGUCAGAUCCAAUACGUCCAGCAGAAUCCCAAUGCCGCAUCACGAGCUAUCGAGGAAGGUGUGGCGGCCACAGCUCUUCAGACAGCCAUUGAAGCCAAAAACCUCGAUGCCUCGCUUGGUAUUAUUGAAGCAGCGUACACGGUCCCAGCAUUCAAACGACAGAAAUUAAUACGCCACUGCACCGCCCCGGCAAUUGGUCUGGCUACCUUGCCGUUUGGUAUAUUCGGCCUCUCGACUUCCUACGCAGCCUACUGGCAAAACACAAUGGACAUUAGCACCGCCACGGGGAUUGGUGUCGCCGGUAUUUCAGGAUACUUGUUCGUUGUAGGAUCUCUGGGUGUCAUUGCCAAGCUUAGCAACAAGGACCAAAUGAAGCGUGUGACAUGGGCCCCCGGGACGCCUCUGCGAUACAGGUGGCUACGGGAAGAUGAACGCGCCGCCCUGGACAAGGUCGCAUGCGCAUGGGGGUUCCCAGAGCCCUGGCGACACGGUGAAGAGACGGGAUCAGAGUGGGAGGGAUUGAAAGAGUACAUGGGCUAUAGACAGAUGUUGCUCGAUCGUGUAGAGUUUAUGGAGGGCAUGGGCUAA